GGUUCUGCCAAUGGUACAAUUGCAAGUACAGCCCUAAGUAAUAUCUCUUUACCUCUCCCAGCUUUGGGAUACUCUCUUCCUUCGAUCUGUAUAUCAAAUUCUGUGCCACUAUCUUGUAUCAUCUCCUCUCCGGUGCUCGGGUUUCUGUUUGCUCUAUUGUACUCAACAAGUUUUCGCUUGCCUUCAUACCCCAGAUUUGCCCCCUCGCUUCCUCGAACGGACUUCAUAUCACACUGAGCCGCAAGAGACGUUACCAGUCCCUCACAUACCAAAACCGAGUCGACACACCUCGUCAAUUGAUGAAACCGUCUCUGUCUCCAAGCGUGGACGUCGAACCAUGAGCCCCGCCUUGCCCAAUCUGUCAUGACCUUGAGCUAUUCAUGGUGUCUCCAGCACUACUAGUAUCUGACGAAACGUUUCCCUCCAUUCGACACUCGUCUUCGCCCUUCCUGUGGUCGUCCGAAUCGACCUGGCCCCUCCUUGUUACAUGCUCCAUUUUCUUAUCAGAGACGAUUGCCCACUCAAAGUCGACUUUCCGCGAGUGAGUGACUCCAGCCAGUGGCCAGUGAGCCCCAGCUCAGCACCCCAUCAUACGAAGCCAGAUGGGUCGUUUCAUAUGGGCCCAAGGACAUUCAAAGCAGGGCAGUGAUAAAAUGCAUGCCAUCGCUCAUGACUGGUUUUCCAAGGACGCUGCUGAACCUUCCCGACAAGCCCUCCACGACCUCAAGAAGGAGUAUUUCGUCCCUUCAGCCGACAGCCGGGAUGGAUCACCUCGUCACAAGGGUCGAUCAAGGUCAAAUACGGUGAACUCAUCACUAUCUUUGUAUGCCCGGUCGUUGUCGGAUGUAUCCAACGAGCACUCAUCCCGUCCUGGUUCUCGCCAAAGUCUGGCAGGUACUACCCGGUCUCCUUCUGAUCGCACUGAAAGUACCGCCAAAAAUCUCAUCUCCAGAGGGACUCGGAUGCUCAAGCGUCAAGGCAGCAUGCUCAAUCUACUCCCGCUUCAGUCAGAACCUGCCCGGGGAGACAAUCGCGAAGACCACGUCUCAACCCAUCGCUUGUUCGCGGGCAGUCCGAAGCGUAAGUCGUCCGCCAGGGCUCAUCUCACCACUUCUAAUGGUGAAAUGCCAGGGCCCGACCUGAAAAAGGCGAUAUCAUCACCAUUUGAUUUUCAGCAUCUCACUCAUGCAGAUCAAGCCCAAUUCCAGAGGCUAAACACAGCCACCAAGACUCAGCUGGUGUCCGAGUUCCAUGCCAUUCGGUCGGAGCAACAAGCGGAGGAUGUCGUCCGCGGCAUCCCAACCUCAGAUCUGCCUAUUGCCACUUCCCAGUCGGAGGUCAUCGUCGAGGAGCCCUUUGCUCCAAGGACCACCGACGUUCCAACGCUACCAACUACACCUACGCGGCCUCUGCCACCGCCCAAGGAUGGGUUACUGUCCCCCUUCAGCCCUCCAGAAUUUCGCAUGUCUCGUUCAAUGGAAAAUUUCUCUCGACCAACAAGGUUAUCUAUCAUUGCAAGUGAUUUGAAUCCUCAUCACGACCUUUCGCAACUCUCGUUCAUGAAUCCAAUCAAUCGGAACAGCAUUAUUGGAAAGCCACUUCCCCUCGUCCCAGAUGCAGUUCACGCAGUGUCGACCCGAGAUGACAUUGCACUUCCGUUGCGGACUAUUCCUCUUCCAUCGCCACCAAAGUUGGUGACAGAGGUGAUACCGGAGGAAGAAGAAGAUAAAACCAUUCUCAUAUCUGUUCAUUCGCCAGUAGCUCCUCAACCGAUGUCUCUUCGCGGGGCUCAAAGUCCUUCCGCAAAUCAGGUCUCACCGAACAUGCGGAGAAUAAGUCAAUCGUCUGAUGAAAUGCGAUUCGACCGGGCUUACGACAAUGUCAUGUCCAUGGUUACUGCCGACGACAUCCCCAGCACUCCUGUUUCUCCUGGGCCGCAAGGUGCUAAUAGUGAGGAAUCGCUGUCUCUGGGCGUGCAGCAGGCCGACAUGGAGAGCUGGGAGGAUGCGAUUGAUUAUUCGUGGGACCAUCCAACGGAUGAUGAUCAUUUCCCAGAAAGUGGGUCAGGCAAGCCCAUCAACGCUGCUCCUCACUCGCUUGGGCGGCUCCCUCAGGACAGGUUCCUGCUCAUUGAACAGGCCACUACAGAAGAUGCUUCGUCCUCGGCGUCGACUCCUCUUAUGAUGCAAGCGACUACCAAGGCACCUCUUACCAGGCUCGGCCUGGUCCCGUCUGCAUCCUUCGAUGAGCCUGCUUCGCCACUGCUGGGGCUGGGGAUUGAUGCACUAACAACCUUUCCGUCGGUAUCUCCUCCCCAGAAAAUGACUAGUGUCGUUGAUGGGCAUGACAUGGCUGUGGAAGCUGCCUCAGACUACAGACGAAGCCCAAAGUCGACCAUGAGCAAGUCAAGCUCACAAGAAAGCAUUAUCCUUUCGAUAGCGUCGUCAAUCGCAGGUACUCACCGGUCUUCGAAUUCCAGCACUAGUCUGUCAGACUUUGCCCACCUUGCCAACUUUGGAGAUGCAAUGGACAAGCUGGACACUGAAUCGACAAGCAUAGCCCCAGUGGACGAGGUGGAAAGGAUCAGCAAAGAGACUAUCCGCGACAGCUCUCAAACUAGCCCCUCGACGCCUGCGAGUCAACCUGAUGAAUGCACAGAAGGAGCCUCAGCCCCGUGUGGAAUUGAGGAAAUGUGGUCAGGUUCAAGAAUCACUAUUCCUGACCGAAAAUCUUCAAUCUCCGCCGGCGAUGCUACCAAGGCAAUGGGUGGCCGUAGAAGAGCCAACACUGGGAGCUCGCGUCCACGACGCAACACCCGAGUAUCGUACUCGCUGUUUCCAACAACGACAUCCACUUGAAAAGAAGCUUCCAUUUGUGUUGACAUGGAUAGCCUGCAAGGCAUGAGGUAGCUGGGGAUGGUCUGACUGUUUUGCAAUUUUUAACGAUUUAUGAUUGGUGGUUUCCACUGCGCGCACGAUGAUGAAUCAACUCAUGUUUUAGACAAUUUCCUUUUGGGGAGGGUGACAUACUAGAUCCAAAGCACACUGUAUCAAGACGAUGCCAAUCUGGAGGCUGGAAAGGAUCAAGAGCCGGCCUGGUCGGUUCGAGUUACUGCCAGGGGUGGGGCGAUUUUUUUUUUUGAGGGAGACUCUAUAGAUAGACCUGCAGGAUUGCUGGGGGCUGCGAUAGCCCAUGGAAAAGCGUUCCGAGUCGUGUGUUUUUCACACCUAGAUAGGAUUAGGCAGGCUCAAAGGGUCUGUGCCAACACAUCAAUACAUGGAUGGCAUGGAGUCUACCCCUUCAUCGAGAG